AUGCGGGGGAGCUGGGACGGGAGCCGGGUUCCAGGGGCUCCAGGCAGCUUCCCGCACCUGGCAGGCAUCUUUGUGGCCCUCGACGUAGCCGGCACACAGGUUCCCGGGCAGCACUAUGUGCUCCGCUCUGGGCACACUGGUGCCCACGUGGAUGACCAACUUCUGGAUGAUGGCAAGACACUGGGAGAGUGCGGCUUCACCAGUCAGACGGCACGGCCGCAGGCCCCAGCCACCGUGGGGCUGGCCUUCCGGGCAGAUGACGCUUUCGAGGCCCUGCGGAUCGAGCCCUUCUCCAGUCCGCCCGAGCUGCCCGAUGUGAUGAAGCCACAGGACUCAGGAAGCAGCGCCAAUGAACAAGCAGUGCAGUGAGAGGGCUCCUGG